CAAAGUUUACUUUUAUCAUUCCUGUUGUUCUUCUAUGAUUCUGGGUUAGUUUAUAUCUUAGCUUACUUUACUGCUCUGGUCUUGCUCCCACAAUUAAUGGCUGACAACCAAGGGCUUACAUCCAAAAAGAUUCAUGUCACAAGUAGUGGAAAAAUGUCCGAUAGGCUAAGUAAGCUACCCGAUGACACUUUGUUGUCAAUCAUGUCUCGUUUGACAUUGAAGGAAGCUGCACAGCUCGGCACCCUUUCUCUCAAUUGGAGAGAGUUAUGGACUUGUUUUUCAGGCGUAUUUAACUUUGAAGAUCCAAGGUUAAUGAGAGAUUGGCGUUCAUCAUUACUUGAUCAGGCUCUUGUGAACCAGUAUAUAUCUAGGUUUGUGAGCUGGGUUGCUCAAAUUGUGGAACAACAUCGCGGUUCAUCAAUUGAAGAGUUCAAGGUUGCUUUUGCUUUGGACAAUACUUGCCAAUCUCAAAUAGAUAAGUGGGUGGCAUUUGCCUUGGCAAAAAGAACAAAAAGUCUUGUGCUAAAUUUUAGAGAUAAAUUUAUAUUAUCUCCAACUGCCUCUUUCUAUGCCCCAUCUCUCGAGUGUUUCCUCUCGCUUGAGUCUCCUAAUUUGUAGAGUAGAAAGCCCUGCUUGAAAGUCUUGGAUCUUGAUCACGUCAAUAUAUCCACCGAAGGCCUUGAAUGCAUUUUGUUAUCAUGUCAAUGCCUUGAGAAGUUGAACAUUUGGAAGUCAUUUUGCUUGACAAGUAUAAGAGCUCUGAGUUCGCCGCUAGCAUUAAAGGAACUAAAGGUAGGCACAUGCCCAAAAUUGCAAAAUAUUGACAUUUUAGCCCCAAGGCUGUUGACAUUUGCAUACAUGGGUGAACGUAUAAACUUGCAUAUCAGAAAUGCCUCCUUGCUUUCCGAACUGUCUGUACGUGUAUUGCCCAAUGUACCUGUAGCUUUUGCUCUUGAUUCUUUUUCAGAAUAUUUUUCACACUUGAAUUAUCUAAGUGUGACGGCUCAUGUAGAUUCGCAGCUGAAUUUGAAUAUGCCUCCCCUUAAUUUGACAAACCUCAAACAUUUAAGAUUGGGUGUUUCUACUACGGAGUAGUUGUUAUCAAACCCUUGAUGGAUGGACUACCUUAAUUGAGGCUUCCCCGGCAUUGCAAAAAUUGACAUUAGAGUUGUACACUCAUUUCGGGCCGGGACCAAGGUAUAGAUUUAGAAAGCGUCACAAUGCGCGCCCUCUCAAGUGCUUGAAAAUCUUGGAGUUGUUUGGCUUUAUGGGUGGACGUGUUGAUCUUGGACUUGCCCGUUAUGUGUUUGAGAAUGCUGUUGUGUUGGAACAGGUCAUUAUCGACUUCAAGAAUUACCAAUAUGGUAUUAUUUUGAAUAAAUCGCUAGAUAUUUCAAUGAAGCGUGCUGAUGAACUCAGAGAGGAAUUACCUCCAGGCGCAGAGCUCAUUAUCAAGAAGUAACUAAUCAUAAUUCAUAAGGAGCAGCAUGUAUGCUGUAACCUUAUGUUUAAAAUGGAAUAGAAGCUAUUUGUUUCCUCAGAUUUUCAUGGGAUGUUUUGUUUGUGUUAUUAAUUGUUUUCACGACUGCAUGUGGUUACCUAAAUAAAUCUGCUCUUGGCUG